CUCCGUCAUGCGAUUGCUGUUUCCUAGCGUAACCUGCUCAGCCAGCUUUUGUUGUACCCCGUUGCAAGCAGCUUAUCCAUGGAAGCUUUGAAAGCCGAAAUUGCUGUCAAACGAAAAACGGUGGAAUCGGUCUCAAGUUCCAGGCCAACCAAAUACAUGCGAAGGGGAGACAUCGAGCGGCUACAGGAGGAAGAACGUACAUCCCGCAACGCAAAAGAACACACCGCCAAGGCUAUCGUCCCGUCCCAGGAACCCCGGGUUUCCGAGUCUCCAAAGCCUGAAUCCUCUUUUAACAUUUCGAACGAAGAAACAAUCCGGAGACUUCGUGCAAAGGGCCAGCCUAUCCGUCUAUUUGGUGAAUCUGACAAGGAUCGGAGGUUGCGCCUGCGCGCUCUUGAGCUACUCGAGGAGAAGGAUCACGAGCGUCAAAGUGGCCAGAAUGACUUCAAGAAAGCACUAGAAGAUGUCGAAAAUGUCGAGAGGGAACUUAGAAAUAAGAACAAAGAGAAGAGGAAGGGUGACGCGGAGGUCGGGGUAAUUGACCUGGACUUGAUCAAGACGGAUCCGGACAAACUAUACCCACUCAUUUAUUAUGCACUCAAACGGACACUCAAGGAAUGGGAAGAGGCAAUGGACGAGCGGCCAGAGCAUGUCAAGCGGUCAAAUCAAGGCAAAUUAGCUGCGGCAACUCAAGUGCAGUCUGCUGAAUAUCUGAAACCGCUUUUCAAAACAUUGCGUUCGAGAUCAUUGCCCUCAGAUAUGUUAGUCCGCAUUGCCGAGAUCGUACACUACAUGCAAAAACGCCAGUACCAAAAGGCAAAUGAUUCUUACCUGAGGCUGUCAAUAGGAAAUGCGCCUUGGCCAAUCGGCGUGACCAUGGUUGGGUAUGCAUAGUACAUUGGUUUGAAGAAGUUUUCAAUCAAUUACGCUCCAGCAUUCACGAACGAUCUGCCCGCGAGAAGAUCUCGACAGAUCAAGUUGCACACGUUCUCAACGAUGAAGUCAGUCGAAAGUAUAUACAAAGCUUGAAACGUCUCUUGACAUUUUCACAAACA